GCCCCGGAGCCGCCCCGUCCCGGCCGCCCGGACUUUACCUCCCGGCCGGGCCCGCGCCGUUCCGGGCCAUGUGAGCCGCGGGGCCGCCACCGACCGGGCACCGGCAUGGAGCGCAGGAAGGUCUUCGUGGCGCUCGACGUGCUCUGCGUGGUGGUCGCAUCUCUGCCCUUCGUCAUCCUGACGCUGGUGAACUCCCCGUACAAAAGGGGCUUCUACUGCAAUGACGACUCCAUCCGCUACCCCUACAAGGCGGACACCAUCACCCAUGGCCUCAUGGCUGGGGUCACCAUCACCUGCACCGUCCUCAUUAUCUCAUCGGGGGAGGCGUACCUGGUCUACACGGAGCGCCUCUACUCCAAGUCGGAGUUCAACAACUACCUGGCUGCCCUCUACAAGGUGGUGGGGACCUUCCUCUUCGGGGGGGCCAUCAGCCAGUCCCUCACCGACCUGGCCAAGUACAUGAUCGGCCGCCUGCGGCCCAACUUCCUGGCUGUCUGCAAUCCUGACUGGUCGAGGGUGAACUGCUCCACCUACGUGCAGCUGGAGAACAUCUGCCUGGGGGAGGGCAGGAACGUCACAGAGUCCAGGCUGUCCUUCUAUUCCGGGCACUCCUCCUUCGGGAUGUACUGCAUGAUGUUCCUGGCGCUCUACGUGCAGGCCCGGCUGGUGGGGAAGUGGGCCCGGCUGCUGCGCCCCACCAUCCAGUUCUUCCUCAUCGCCUUCGCCAUCUACGUGGGCUACACCAGGGUCUCUGACUACAAGCACCACUGGAGCGAUGUGCUGGCAGGGUUGCUCCAGGGGGCUCUCAUCGCCGUCCUCAUCGUCCGCUACGUCUCCGACUUCUUCAAGCACCGUCCGCCCCGGCAGUGCGACGAGCAGGACCCGGAGCGCAGGCCCAGCCUGCCGCUGACCAGGAGUGACUCGGAGCACAAUCACUACAGCUACCGGGGCACCCCGUGAGCUGCGCGCGGGCCAUGUGCCCCGGACUGCCGACGCUGCCCCGUGCCUCGCCCGGCGCAGGGGCAGGGGCCGUGCGCCUCGUGCUCACUGCGGGCUCCUCGCUGCCGCCGGCCGGCCCUGCCCGGCCCCGCUCCCGGCCGCGCCGCGGCUCCAGCACACGGCAAAGCUGGGGCUCUGCGGGGCAUGGGAGCGCGGGGAGGGGGGGCCCUGGUCCCACCGGCCUGACUCACGCUCCGCAGCCGCUUUCCCAGCCCGCUGUGUGGCGGGGAGGGAGGGCGGCACGGGGGGUGGAUUUGGGGCCAGCAAACAGCAGCGAGCGAACUCCUUGGGCCGUCUGAGGCUGCCUGGCGCUGCACGCGUGUUGUCCCUGUCAAAUUACACCGCCUUAUGAGCACAAAUCCUCACGAGCACAAGGGGAGGAGGACAGCUGCUGGGCUUGCAAUGCCUUUUUUGAAAGGAUUGGAGCAAGCCAGAGCUCUUCUGUUCCUUGAUUACCUUUAAAAGUGCUGCUGGCUGCCAGUGGCCGCGGGGCUGGGGUGCCCAGGCUGCUCCUUGCCCCCUCUGCUUGUGCCUGGCUCAGGGUGCAGGGCUGCUCCCGACCCUUCGUCUGCUGCAGCUUCAGCUGAUCCUUUAGGGGGUAGGGGGAAGGGGAGAAAUCUUCUGUGGUAAAGUGGGGGGAAAAAGGGGGACGUGGAGCUGGGCACAGGGCUCCUAACUCCCUGGGAAGGUGAGAAGGGGGCCACAUCCCAGCCCCGUCUCUGAUCUACAGCUGGCACUGGUGAGCUGUGGGCCUCUUGUUAAACUACAUGCAUUUUCAUGAUGAUGUUUUUGUAAAAAUGUGUUUUUUAAAUUAGAUCAUCCUUAAAGAA